AUGGAGAAGUCUAGUAUUCAGCUGGGUGUCGGCCUCAGCAUCUCCCUCCUCUUUCUCAUCCUCUCUCUGGCUCUACAACACUGGCGUUGUGGCGGCCUCCUAAGCUCCUGCCUGAAUUCUUCGAUGAAGAACUCUUAUCAGAUUGUGGGAGGCCUUCUUGUCAGCGCCGUCAUAGUAGACAUUCUGGCCCUCGUAUUCGUCUUCGUAGGCUGUGCACGCCAAAUGCCCUGGCCCAGACCAGCCGCCCUUGCAUUGACCUGGAUUGGAGGCAUUUUGGCCUUGGCUGCAGUCGCGUACUACUACGCCAGCUUAGAUCAAACGUACAGUCCUUUGCUGGCCGUAGUCGGAAUGUCCUUUGCAUUGGCCAUGGCGAUCACCGUUACUAUUAGGAUGAUUGCUGCAAACAGCGCUUGA